AUGUUUAUCAAGCAGAUUCCCACUCCUUCAUCAUCCCCCAGUGCCGGAGACAACGAUGGCGACCAGGAAACUUCAUCCCAAGUUCGUCAAGAAAAUCCUAACUCUUGUACGCCAAACACCGCCCCACCACAAACCAGCACCGCUACUCCAAGUCCUGAAAUAGAUGAAGAAACUCUACGGUACCUCAAUAAAGUCCUCCUGAGUAUACCUCGCGAGUUGGACGAUGCAGCAGCAUACGCCGAACUCAAGGCUAGACUUGGGAUUUCCCGGUCUAAAAAUCCUGCUUCGUCCUCUAAACCAAAGAUCCCACCUAGUUCUCCUACAUCACCAAAACCAUCUUCCAUCCAACCUUCACCUUCGUCCCUAACCCAGCCGAUGCAAUGUAGCGCAGACACCGCCGAUAAAGAAGGGUUGGGGGAGGAUUAUGGGCAGUCGUUCGCUAUUCCGUCACCAGCAGGUGGUGGCGGCUCCGCUUCGGUCCAUAAGCCGCAUUUGACUGAGGGCGGCGACAUCAACAGUGAAGAGGAAGAGGAAUUCCGCCCGUUGUUCGACUAUGGGAAGAUGGAGGAAGAGGAACCGCUACGGCGUCAGACGCGGCGUAUGACAACGGAUCGGCUCCUGGAGGUAGCUGAAAACCUGAAAACACAAUGUGAGGAAGGGACGGUGGUGCAGAAGCCGCGCACAGUACGAAGGCUGGUGGAUGAAGAAGCAGAAGAGCCUCAGUUCCAGGAAGCGGGAGAGGAGGAAAAAGCUACCAAGGGCAGCCUGGCAAGGGGAAAAGGGAGUAUUCUCCCUAUUCUCAAGAGAAGCCGCCCCGCUGACACGGAGGUCGCCAUUGCAGAUGCUUCUGCGCCCGCUUCCCCACAACCAGGAGAUAAGGGUAGUGAUUCGACUGGAGAGGAAUUGCGUUGGACCAGAACGACCAGGAGACAACAAGGAAAGCCUGAAGCCUCUCCUUCCAUCGCCUACUCUCCUCAGCAUGUGGUGUUGACCCCAGCUCUUCGCCAACAGAUGAUGGAGUUCGAUGAUCCUAAGAUGCAGAAGAAGGUGCACCAAAGGGUGACCUCCCAGAAGAAGUUAAAGGCGGGAAGAUGUUGCACCAGCCAUCCCUGGAGAAGAUAG